GGGUCAUGAAACUUAGUCCACAACAAGCUCCACUAUAUGGCGAUUGUGUUGUUACAGUAUUGCUUGCUGAAGAGGACAAAGUUGAAGAUGAUGCUAUUUUUUACUUGAUAUUUUCUGGCUCUACCCUCUAUCACUGCACAAGUACCCGGAAAGUCAGCUCUGAUACAUUGGAGACAAUUGCUCCUGGUCAUGACUGCUGUGAGACAGUGAAGGUGCUGCUCUGUGCUUCCAAAGAGGGCCUUCCUGUGUUUGUAGUCGCUGAAGAAGACUUCCAUUUCGUCCAGGAUGAGGCCUAUGAUGCAGCUCAGUUCCUGGCAACCAGUGCUGGAAAUCAGCAGGCUCUGAACUUCACACGGUUCCUUGAUCGAUCAGGACCUCCUUCUGGAGAUGUGAACUCUCUCGAUGAGAAGGUUGCGCUGGCAUUCAGACACCUGAAGCUGCCUGCAGAGUGGAAUGUGUUAGGGACAGAUCACACUUUGCAUGAUGGUGGCCCUCGGGAAACCCUGAUGCAUUUUGCUGUGCGGCUUGGGCUGCUGCGGUUGACAUGGUUCCUGUUACAGAAGCCAGGUGGCCGUGGAGCUCUCAGCAUCCACAACAAGGAAGGGGCAACGCCUGUAAGCCUAGCACUGGAGCGAGGUUAUCACAAGCUUCACCAGCUUCUGACUGAGGAAAAUGCUGGUGAACCAGAUUCAUGGAGCAGUUUAUCCUAUGAAAUCCCUUAUGGCGACUGUUCGGUGAGGCACCAUCGAGAAUUGGACAUCUAUACAUUGACUUCUGAAUCUGAAUCACAUCGUGAACCCCAUGGAGUCAGUUGUACUGGACAUAUUUCUAAACUUAUGAAUAUCCAACAGCAGCUAAUGAAAACAAACUUGAAGCAGAUGGACAAUCUCAUGCCUUUAAUGGUGACAGGACAAGAUUUGUCUUGUGUGCCCAGUGUACCAGAGACAGAUGACCAGUUCCUUCCCUGUGUACCAGAGCUUUCUGACCAACAGCAGCUUCCUUUUGAAGAAACUAAGAGCAUUCUGUGCUGCCAAGGGAGUCCUGGGAGGAAAGCUGAAAGUUCCUGUGAUUUGUCAAGUGUGGUUGAGGAAGAAAAUGUUGUCUGUUCUCAUAAGAAAAAUAAAGAUGCGGGGAGAAAACAGGAAGAGGCGGACCCAGCAUCUGCCAUGGACUCCAGGUCUGCAUCUCAUCAAGACAGCUGCCUUCAGAGCAUACCCGACUGUGGAGUGAAGGGCAGACAACGCCUUCCAUCCUGUGGAAACAGAACCGAAGUAACUGGAACAAAAUAUUCUGGAGUGGCCACAUGUCAGCAGCCUCUGAGCAGCAGGAGCAGUGUGCUGCAGGAUGUCAUGGUCACAGAACCGGAUGCAUGCCAGCACUCUUCUGGAAGGGAGCUACCAGACAGUUCUUCAACAGAUGUUGCUGCCCCAGAAAAGGCAGGGGAACUGGAACAUAGCCUACUUACCCCAGAUGCUACCACCCAGAGCGAUAAGCCUCAAGUAGGGGAAGGCACAAAGGAAAGACUUGAGAAUUCAGACAUUAGCACAGCUGAGGUGACUGCUGUUCAAGUUUCAUGUGAACCCACAGAGAAAGCUGAUAUUACAAACCAUGUCUUUGGCACCAGUGCCGUGGGUGCUAACACUCCUGCUGUGGCUUCAGCAGCAUCGAGUCCUGAAGAAAUUCCCAUUGAAAAACCAGGAAUGGAAACUCAGGAGAGAGGCUGUGAGCAGGGAACCACAAGUGACCAGAGCUCCCAGGUGCUUCCUGUUGCUGUUGCUGCUGCUGCUGCUGCUGCUGCUGCUGCUGCUGCUGCUGCUGCUACAGAAGACAAGGUUUUAGGUGGACUAGAACCUGAUACUCCCCUAGCAGCCCUUUGUGAGACAGCAUCACCCUUGGAUUUAACUAUGUUGGGGCCACAACCAGAUGGGAUGCCAAAACACAACUCAGAGUCUAUUGCACAUGCACAGCAUGCUGGGAGCCUAAAUAGCCAGGCCUUGCCCUGUUCUACAGCUGGCUCUGGCACGCCUUCUGCUGAGUUUGCAUGUCAGCAGAGCACAGUGACUUCUAGUGGCGGGUUGGUAGUAGAACAUGGCAGUGGUAAAGCUAGCCUGCCUGAUAGCACAACAAUUCAGCCAAACAUGCAAGAUCUUUGCACCACCCUCUGCCCAAAAGACCCACAAGCUGACACAGUCACUUCUAACACAGUGAAAAAUACCCAGAAAUCUGUGGAGUUUUGUCAUCUCUGUAUUUUAGACACAAAGAGUCAAGGAAAAGAUUUGAAACAAGAUAUACCUUUAACGAAUGUGCUUGAGGAUGUUCCACAUCUGCCUUCAGUUGUCCUCCAAACUGAGAGAAAACUAGUGCCAGACCAGGUAUCACCUCCAGGCAGCAGUUUCUCUCUGGCAAGCAGUCCAGAGAGUGAAUCAGUAACCAAAGAUGACGUACUUUCUCUUGUCCACUCCCAGAAAGAAAAGGGAACAGCAACUCCUCAGCCCCAUAGAGCUACAGCUUGUAGCGGCGAUGGCCCAGAUGGAAGCGAUUUGAAUGAUACCGAUAAGGUAGGAGACGGGGCCACUGGCCCACCUACACCCUGUGCUGUAGAGCUUCAGACCAGCAUGGGGAAUACCAGCCCUGUAGGCGUUGGUGGAGAACAGGAGGGUUCCAGCCCAACAGCAACACUUUUGAGCGACUCUUUACUACAAAGCGUGGAUAAAGCUGCUUUGAUUUCUGACUGUCUUCUGCCUGAAGAAGGUAACAAUGUAGGGGUUCUAGAAACUUCCACAGCUCUGGGGCAAGAUGGCAAGGAUAAAGCAAUGAGAUGUUCUUCUGUUAGGGAAGACACGCAUUCUUCAGAAAUGUCAAGGGAAGACCAGAGAACUCCACCUCCUGGGCAGGAGAUACCAAGAUUAUGUGAAAAACCUGUGUCAGCCCUCUGUGCCGGGGAGAAGGCACUGCAGCACAGUAACUCACCAGACACACCCUCUGCCUGUCUGAAAACAGAAACUGAACACAACAAGGAAGUGGCCCCACAGGUCUCCCCGCUGACUGAAGGUGAGGCUGUAAAGUGCCAGAUGCCACCAAGAAGGAGUCUGUCUGCCGAUUCAAAGCAGAAAGCCUCGAGUACAGAGCAGAGCGCCUCAUCUCUGUUGCCAAGUCAGCUGCCAGGUGCGUCUGAGGCACUCCACUGUAAUCAGCCUUGUGCUCUCAAUGUUGGUGUGGAGAAUACUCAGCUCCAAGGGGAAAGUAAUGCUUGUGAGGUAAGCAGAAAUGUGACGGAGGAUGUUACAGUGGCUGAUGCUUUACCAGCUACUGCUGAGCCCAGAAAAGAGGAUACAUCACACUGCAUCAAAGACAUCACAGUUUCAGAGUUGUUAAACCAAGAGAAGAAAAUGACUCCAAGUUUGCCAGAAGUUUUGCUGAAUAAAGGUGUCACUGAAUUACAGGAAGUCAUAACCCCAGAGACAGAACCACUUGAUUGCAAGAGAGAGAAACUGGAGGGAACAGAACUUAGCUGUGCCACAGGUAACUCCAAAGAGACCCCAAACGAUGAAGAAACAAUGCAGCCUCUUACCAGGGACCUCCCUACAGUGACAGGGCUCUCAGCCAUCAAUGACAAUGUCCCCCAAGCUGAUGUGAAGCAAGUGGCACAGGCCUCAGUCCCAGCAGAGGAAAGUAAUGCCACCACUGUACUUGGAAUGGACUCAAUCCAAGCUGCACAUUUGCCUACCGAAGCAAACUCCAUAGAGGAGACCGCCACUAGGAUAGUGGAGGCUGUCAUCAAGCAAGCCAAGGCCUCCAACACACUGAUGACGAAAGUAGAAAUUCAUAAUCCAUCACUGUCCAGUCCAGAGACUAAGCAGCUAGACAAUGCUUGUACAGAGAGCACAUGUGCUUUCCUACCUGGGGAGAUCCUGCAGAUGGAGAAUACUCACAAAGAAACCACUGGACACUGUGGUGUUGAGACAGAGGAACCAGAGAAAAUUAUUCUACCUGAGCCAGCACCAGAAAUGCCAGACACCAAAACUGGAGAUGAAGUGGAUCUUCUGAGUAAGAUCAGUGCUGCUACUGAGGAGGAGGUUGUAGGAAAUGGAGCUGCCACACCCAAGAUGAAGCAAGGCCCGGGGACCCAGGCGAUCAACCGAGAAAGCUGGUGUACCAUAGAGCCCUGCCCUGAAGCAGCAUCUCUCUUAGCCUCCAAACAGAACAUGCAAACAGAAUGUGGAAGCUUCAUAGAUGUUGGACUGGGCACAGAGUGUGCCUCAAAAGAAGGUAUGCUCCAGAGAGUGUCAGGGAGUGAUUCUGACCUCUUUCACUCACCCAGUGAUGAAAUGGACAGCAUCAUCUUCUCAAAGCCUGAGGAAGAGCAGUUGCUUUGUGAUACAACAGGAUCCAGUUCUUCGACAGAUGACACAGCUUCCCUGGAUCGACAUUCUUCUCAUGGCAGUGAUGUGUCCCUUCCUCAGACUUCAAAGUUAAACAGGUCCAGAAAUCAUCAAAGUUCCAAUGGCUUUUUCAGCCAUGGAGUGGGUCCUGAGAGUCGAGAAAGUGAGAGUGAGCCUGCUGGCUCUGGUGAAAUGGAAGAGGAGGAGAUGGACAGCAUCACUGAAGUGCCUGCAAACUGCUCUUUUCUGAGGAGCUCCAUGCGUUCUCUUUCUCCUUUCCGGAGGCAUAGCUGGGGACCUGGGAAGAAUGCAGCCAGUGAUGCAGAAAUGAACCAGCGGAGUUCAAUGCAAGUUCUUGGGCAUGUUGUCAGGAGACCUCCCAUUCAUAGGAGAAGUAUGAGCUGGUGUCCCUCUGGUGUGCAGUACUCGGCUGCCCUGAAUGCUGACUUUAAUAUCAGAAGUUUCAGUCUGGAAGGCUUGACAGGAGGAGGCGGUGUUGGAAAUAAGCCAUCCUCAUCUUUAGAAAUAAGCUCUGCAAACUCCAGUGAGCUCAGAAACCCUUUCAGUGGUGAGGAACAGAGAAACUCUUUGAUGUCACUUUCAGAAGAGCAUCUGGAGCCAGACCAGAGACAGCAUCAUAGGAUGUUUGAUCAGCAGACGUGUUACAGGUCUAAACAACAGGGAUUUAACUACUGUACAUCAGCCAUUUCUUCUCCAUUGACAAAAUCCAUCUCAUUAAUGACAAUCAGUCAUCCUGGAUUAGACAAUUCACGGCCCUUCCACAGUACCAGUGCCAACCUGACUGAGAGUAUAACAGAAGAAAACUGUAAUUUCCUGCCUCCGAGCCCCACAAAAAAGAAUUUUGAAGAAAAGAGUGGGACUAAGGUUAGUCGCACCUUCAGCUACAUCAGGAAUAAAAUGUCCAGCAGCAAGAAAAGCAAAGAAAAGGAAAAGGAUAAAAUUAAGGAGAAAGAGAAAGAAUCUAAAGAGAAGGAAAAAGAUAAAAAGACUCUAAACGGGCACACUUUCAGCCCCAUUCCUAUUGUGGGUCCCAUCAACUGCAGCCAGUGCAUGAAGCCUUUCACCAACAAGGACGCCUACACAUGUGCAAGUUGCGGUGCCUUUGUUCACAAAGGCUGCAGAGAAAAUCUAGCCUCCUGUGCAAAGGUCAAAAUGAAGCAGCCAAAAGGGAGCCUCCAGGCCCACGAUACAUCAUCACUGCCCACAGUCAUCAUGAGAAACAAGUCGUCACAGCCCAAGGAGCGCCCUAGGUCUGCAGUCCUCUUGGCUGACGAGGCCACUGCUGCACCCAUGUUUACUAACAGACGGUCCCAGCAGAGCGUCUCCCUCUCUAAAAGUGUCUCCAUACAAAACAUCACUGGAGUUGGCAAUGAUGAGAACAUGUCAAACACCUGGAAAUUUCUGUCUCAUUCAACAGACUCACUGAAUAAAAUCUGCAAGGUCAAUGAGUCAACAGAAUCCCUUACUGAUGAGGGAGUAGGUACAGACAUGAAUGAAGGACAGCUGAUGGGAGAUUUUGAAAUCGACUCUAAACAGCUAGAAGCAGAGUCAUGGAGCCGGACAGUGGACAGCAAGUUCCUUAAACAGCAGAAGAAAGAUGUGGUCAAGCGGCAGGAAGUGAUUUACGAGUUGAUGCAGACAGAGUUACAUCACAUCCGCACACUCAAGAUCAUGAGUGACGUGUACAGCAGGGGCAUGAUGACAGAUCUGCUCUUUGAGCAGCAGAUGGUGGAGAAGCUGUUCCCCUGUUUGGAUGAACUGAUCAGCAUCCACAGCCAGUUCUUUCAGAGAAUCCUGGAGCGGAAGAAGGAGUCUCUGGUGGACAAAAGUGAAAAGAACUUUCUCAUCAAGAGGAUAGGGGAUGUGCUUGUCGGUCAGUUCUCAGGUGAGAAUGCAGAGCGCUUAAAGAAGACAUACGGCAAGUUCUGUGGACAGCACAACCAGUCUGUCAACUACUUCAAAGACCUCUACACCAAGGAUAAGCGUUUCCAAGCCUUUGUGAAGAAGAAGAUGAGCAGUUCAGUAGUAAGAAGGCUGGGAAUUCCAGAGUGCAUAUUACUUGUAACUCAGAGGAUCACCAAGUACCCAGUUUUAUUCCAAAGGAUACUGCAAUGUACUAAAGACAAUGAAGUGGAGCAGGAAGACCUCACUCAGUCCUUGAGUCUGGUGAAGGAUGUGAUUGGAGCCGUGGACAGCAAAGUGGCAAGUUACGAGAAGAAGGUGCGUCUUGGUGAGAUUUACACAAAGACGGAUAGCAAGUCGAUCAUGAGAAUGAAGAGUGGGCAGAUGUUCGCCAAGGAGGACCUGAGACGGAAGAAGCUGGUGCGAGACGGGAGUGUGUUUCUGAAGAGCACAACAGGAAGGCUGAAAGAGGUUCAAGCAGUUCUACUCACUGACAUUUUAGUUUUCCUUCAAGAAAAAGACCAGAAAUACGUGUUUGCAUCAUUGGAUCAUAAAUCAACAGUGAUCUCCUUAAAGAAGCUGAUUGUAAGAGAAGUGGCCCAUGAGGAGAAAGGCCUGUUCCUCAUCAGUAUGGGGGUGAAAGAUCCAGAGAUGGUGGAGGUCCAUGCAAGCUCCAGAGAGGAGCGGAAUAGCUGGAUUCAGAUCAUUCAGGAUACAAUCAACUCCCUGAAUAGAGAUGAAGAUGAAGGGAUUCCCAGUGAGAAUGAAGAAGAAAAGAAAUUGUUGGAUACCAAAGCCCGGGAGUUAAAAGAACAGCUUCAGCAGAAGGACCAGCAGAUCCUCCUCUUGCUGGAAGAGAAGGAGAUGAUUUUCAGGGACAUGACUGAGUGCAGCACUCCCUUGCCUGAGGACUGUUCCCCAACGCACAGCCCAAGAGUACUCUUCCGCUCCAACACAGAGGAGGCUCUCAAAGGAGGACCGCUGAUGAAAAGUGCAAUAAGUGAAGUGGAAAUCCUUCAGGGUUUGGUGAGUGGAAGCCUUGGUGGCACACUUGGACAGUCUAUCAACAGCCCUGUUGAGCAGGAAGUCAUGUCUGGGCCCAUUUCUUUGCCCCGGAGAGCAGAGACCUUUGGAGGAUUUGACUGUCAUCAGAUGAAUGCUUCCAAAGGAGGUGAGAAAGAAGACGGUGAUGACGGCCAAGAUCUUAGGAGAACAGAGUCGGAUAGUGGCCUGAAAAAGGGUGGAAAUGCUAACCUGGUAUUUAUGCUUAAAAGAAACAGUGAGCAGGUUGUCCAGAGCAUUGUUCACCUCCACGAACUCCUUAGCAUGCUUCAGGGUGUUGUGCUGCAACAAGACAGCUACAUUGAGGACCAGAAGCUGGUGCUGACAGAGAAGGCACUCACAAGGAGUGCAUCCCGUCCCAGCUCUCUCAUUGAGCAGGAGAAGCAGCGGAGCCUGGAGAAGCAGCGGCAAGACCUGGCUAACCUGCAAAAGCAGCAGGCACAGCACCUGGAGGAAAAGCGCCGACGUGAGCGUGAGUGGGAGGCCCGUGAGCAGGAGCUUCGAGACCGAGAGGCCAAGCUGGCCGAGCGGGAAGAGACAGUCCGCCGUAGGCAGCAGGACCUGGAGAGGGACCGUGAAGAGCUCCAGCAGAAGAAGGGCACUUACCAGUGUGAUCUAGAGAGGCUACGGGCUGCCCAGAAACAGCUGGAAAGAGAGCAGGAACAACUGAAGAGGGACACAGAGAGGCUCAGCCAGAGACAGAUGGAUCAGGACCUUUGCCAGGUUUCAAAUAAACACGGCAGAGUGAUGCGGAUCCCAUCCUUCUUGCCCAAUUCGGAUGAGUCCUCGCCGUCUGCACCUUCUGUAACCAAAUCAGGCUCACUGGACUCAGAACUCUCAGUGUCUCCUAAAAGGAACAGCAUCUCUCGGACACAGAAAGAUAAGGGGCCUUUCCAUAUACUGAGCUCAGCCAGCCAGACAAAAAUUCCAGAGGGGCAGAGCCAGGCUCCGUCCAGCACCUCCACUUCCACCCGACUCUUUGGGUUAUCUAAGCCAAAGGAAAAGAAGGAGAAAAAAAAGAAGAGCAAAGGAAGCCGCGCUCAGCCUGGUGAUGGCCCUGCUUCGGAAGUACCAGCAGAGGGUGAAGAGAUCUUCUGUUGACCCAUUUCCUCUGCCAGGGCAGCCGCCUUCCAACACUGACCUGACAGUGGAGCCACCAGGGCUCUCCUGCUGCCCUUGUGCACAAGUCUCUUACACUGGACGCCCACUGCCCCUCAGCGUCCAGUCCUCCUGAGCUACCCCAGGUCCUGGACAAGAAGGAGCAGCACCUGGGUGGGGGGUGGGGACAGACACUCAAACUCCACUUCAGCUGUGACCCCUGACUGCCCAGGGCUUGGGUGGGCCUGGCCUUACUCAGGGUAUUACUGAAAAUAGUGACCCUAGAAGUAGGUAAUAGUUUGAGACAUGUCAUGAUUCCCUAAAGGCUCAGAGGGUUUUUCCAAAUGAGGUCUGUGAAACUCUGCCUUGCAUUUUGGGGAAAUACAACCAGAAUCAAGGAGCAGAUAGUGCAGACUUUGUGUACAGUGACCAUCUUUGUGUACACAUGGAGUACACAGGUCUUCUCAAACAUCAGGAUGUUUAGCCCAAGAGCAAGCAUCUGACUGGUCAGGUGGCAUGUGGAUAUUCAGUAUUUCACCCUGUGGGCCUCUGAGAUUGGGUCCCUUGAAAUGGCCCCUGUGCACACACCACCCCUCUUUGUAUGUACUCAUUUCAUUUAGGAAGAACAACAAAUGCUUGUGAAACCAACAAGAGGCCUGAUGUGUACCAAAACACAUGGUCUGCGCUGUCUAUCUCCACACUCUAGGCUGAACUCUCUCGCUUCAUAUUCAAAUCAGGAGGAAACAUACUGCCUGUCCUAGAUACCUGUCUACAUGCUCUGGGCACAGAGGAAAUAGAGAGGACUCUUCACCACUGUCCCCAGUGUGACACUUUCUAGUUGUUACUGGUCCUUAUGGGAAAGCAUACACCCUGUUAAUGCUCCCAGCCACCACCCCUGGACUAGCAUGUACCCUGAGGCUUUUCUGGGAUUACUGGUGAAAAGUAGGUUCCUGUGCAGGAGUUCAGUCUGUCUGGUGGUUGUGCCAAUACAGAGAGGGGAGCUGGCCCUUAAGCAUGGCUGUGUGCACGCCCCUGUCACACAUCCUCCUCACAUACGGUUUUCAGAUGCAGUUUGCUUGGUUGCGCUCUUACCCUUGAAGCUGUCAAGUGCUGCCUGUCUCUCUUCUUACCCUCUGUCUCCAUGCGUUGAUCUGUGCAUGCUUGAGGCCUUCACCAGCUCGUGUGUGCAGGACAGUUCGUUGGUAAUGUACCCCUCUAAGGCUCACAUACUUCCCAUGAGGGGCGCCCUGAGGCCUGUGCUUCACGCAUGGCCUUCAUUUCCUGGUUUUGCCCUCAGAACCACAGGGCUUUGAACAGUUGUGCAAAAACAAACCUGUAACUUGGUGCUUGUUGAUGACCUGCAAGCUGGUCUUGCAGGAACAGAUAUUUAUCUUUCAGUUUACUUGAAAGAGUUCUGGUUUAAAUUUUUUAGCCUAAAUUUGUUUUAUUUAUUUUGUGUUUGUGUUUUGUUUUAUUUUAUUUUGAAAGUGAACCAGUACUGGCCCAACAGUUUAAACCAUCUUUUCAGUACAGAAAAUGAAGUGUCUGUCCAAGUGCAUGAAGGUCGGAGGAAGACUGAGGUUGAGAUGGGAGCUGUCCCCUUCUGUCCCAGGCCCAUUUUUUCAUAAGGAACGUUUGUUCUUUUUUUGGAGACUUUUAAAGUUGCCCCAUUUGCUACUCUUGCCUCUUUUUGACAAGAUUGGUUUGGCUCUUUAAAGUCUGGGGGGUUUUUGUUUCCUUGGUUGUUUUUUUGUUUUGUUUUGUUUUGUUUUUCCCCUACUAAAACUAUGAUGUACUUCCCCUCAACCUUAACAGCAAGAAGUUAGUUGCUUCCUUCUCCAAGUCCAGCUUUGACCUCUCCAGCUGUCACAGCAGAGCCUGCCAUGCCUCCGAUCCACAGGGUUUGGCUGGCUGUCCUUGUCCCUGCCUCUGAACGUCCCCCUCAGGGAGACUGGACUUCCACAGUGCUUGAGGGAAAGAGCCUGACUCCCAACUAGACUUGACAGAAAAUCAGACCAAGCCCUGCCCUCUUCCCUGUGCAGAGGAAAGCCAGUGACUGUCUCCAGGUUCACUCUGACACACAGUGAGCCACUGUCCACCCCUGGAAGCUUCAUUCCUUCCCCCACCCCCACCCCCACCCCACCCACCCUCUGCCCUCUGACCCAACCAGCUGUCUUAUGUUUGGCUUGCUUUGGUUGUUUUUAAAACCAACAUUCCCCAAAAACAAAAAAUGGUCAGUGACAAUUGGGAGAAGUUGAAAUCAAAAGUAUCCUAAGCUGCCCAACUUCCUUCAGGAAGAGAACCAUUUGCCAAGAACUGUUUGACCUGCCUGCACUGCCUGGUCCCUCAGAAGUCUGUCACGCUUGGAGAAUUGCUGCUUGUGCUCUUGCUUAGGACCCUGAAGAUUGCUGCGGCUGAGUCAACAGCCUUGUGUGGCUUCUCUAAUAUGAGAAGGGUAGUCUCCUAGGGACCAGGAUUGUGUCCUGUCUUGUUCCCCAUACUGAGAAAUCAUGAUUUUUAUAUCAAACUAAAGAAAUCAUUGCUUUGGGGGACAGGUGGAAAUUGACCCCAGCCUUGUGGAAUCUAGUGAACUUUCUAGAAGAGUGUAUCUUCUCUGAAAAAUUACAAUCAUCUCAGUAGUUGUCGUCCCGUCUGGGUGACAUGUGCACUUUAAAUAACCUCUCAUCAGCUGGCUUCAUCUUUGAGACAAUCAAAUCUGUUAACUCCUUUCUUAGAAGAUGGAGAAAGUUAAAAUAAAGACAUGCCAGCAUGCCCCACCUCCCCACUCUCAUGGAAGUCACCUGCAGGGAAGAGAUCUCACCAUGAUUGAUUUUUUUCAAAAGGUACGAACUGAGUCUUUUGAGGGCUAUACCACUAGCGCUGCCCAUUGCUAGUCCUACCCACCCCCACACUGGUUCUUCACAGCCUCCCUCAUAGCAGCAGUAUGCACAGAUGCGUUGAACCCUUCAGGGUAACAUUUGUAUGCACGGUCCUAGUAAAGGACACAACCUUGGCCCAUAGGCCAGAGCUUGCCCAGAGUCCUCUCCAUACAAGUUUGAAAUGUCUCCUUCUGUCCCUGAGGCUCUUGUGACCUCGCCCACUGUUCUUGCCAAGGCUCUUGGUAUUUCAUCGGACUUAAGUUGCCUUUGACCUGUAUCCAGAAGACAGUCCUGGAGUGUGGGCUUCCUUGCCUGGACACCUGUGCAUGGGAGCCUUUAAGUGAAUUGGUGACACACUCCCCCCCAUUUACCCAUCCCUGCAAAGACCAAGGGCACAGUGCGUUUGGGUUAGGCUCCUUGUUUUCUUUCAUGUAGCAUAACAUUCCUAGUUAACUAGACUUUGGAGUCUGCUGCCUGCUGGCCAGGUGGAGAAAUGCAAAGUAUUCUAAUGCUGCCAGAAGGUGGGAGGGGUGACAGAGGCCAUUUCCUGCAUUCACAAGAUUUAAUUUGUCAAAUGAUCGAUUGGCGGGUCCUGAGUUACUUCUCCAUCUCAACUAAGGUGUAAAGUGGGUGGCCUCCACUACUGCAAGUGUGCCCUGCAGAGAAACCAGGCAGGUGCUACUGCUACAGACCCCAGAGGUCCUCUGCAGGAAGCACAGAACCUAUGCCUUAGAACCCUCCUAGACUCAGCUGCCCUGCCUUGGUUGCCACCUGCUGGGAUGGGCCUAACCCAGUUGGUUUGUCUCAGGUUUCCUCCUGAGGCCUGGGCUCUACAGAAGGUGGGCAGGAUACACCUAUACCUCUGUUAAGUUGUCUCCAAAUGCUGUAUGAACAUUUCUGUACUAAGCCCUAUUAAAUAAAAAAUCGGGUUAAACCCAAGCGCUGUAUAGUAAUUUGUAAUUAUGUAUAAAGUGAAGCAGUUUUGAACUGUAAAGAUUUUCAGUGUGUUUUCUGGAAAUUUGCCACAACAUACUGGCUUUGUGUUUUAUUUAUCAUCCUUUGUAGUUACUGGCUUCUGACUCUUGUAAAGUCCCCCUCUGACCUUUCAAAAAUAAUAAAUGUCCUUUGAAAUCUUGA